AUACAAAUGGUCACAUGGUAAUAUGGAACUAAAGUUGUCUAUAUUUGGAUAUUUGAGGGAUUUAUAGUUACGUGGAAAGUUCUAUCGUAUGCAACUACGCGAAAAAGACUAUUCGGUUUGCUUUCAGCUUUCAUUUUACGUUUGAGGAAUGGGUUCAUCGGCAAGUAGGCAGGAUGAUAAAAAGAGAAAUUUUCUCUUCACGAAUGAAGAUCAACAUUUACACAACAUCUUCAGGUCAAUGUGUGCAGACAAAGGAAACAAAUGUUCUGAAAAAUGUUUAAAGAAUUUUUGGGAGAAGCAGUUGGACAAGGAUCUCUUGACCUUGCUGGUGAACUACCUGUCCGGUGGCAGUAACGGCACAGUCAGCUUCGAUGAUUUUGCGAAACUGUACGUGUACCUGACCCGGGGCUCCUGCGGCGAGAAGGCGGACGUGAUCUUCAGCAUCCUGAAGAGCAACAAGGACGGUGGCGACGUCUCCAGCAAAGACGUGAUCGAGUACGUGCACAGCGUGGUGUCGACGUUCUUCAAGAUCUCGGAGGGCGAGGGGGGCGAGGCGCUGGGCAGCUGGGCGCGCGCCAGGUGCCCGCGCAUGGACGAGGAGACGCACCGGCUGGCGUGCACGUGGUGCCGGCGGCUGGCGACGGAGUCGGGCCCCGUGGGGCGCGACGCCCUGGAGGAGUGGCUGCGGCGGGCUCCCGAGUUCUGCUCGGUGCAGGCGCACGUGGUGCUCCGCCUGUACCGCCUCGGGGAGGAGGACCGGGCGCUGCUGCCCCGGUGCGAGGUCCCCGCCGCGCUGAAGGGGUUCCCGUCCGUGCUCGACCUGUCCCACGUGCUGUUCCUCAACGCCGCGCUCCCCUCGGCGCUGCAGGCGGAGUGGCGGCUGCUCUUCUCCACCGCCCUGCACGGCGAGAGCUUCUCCAAGAUGGUGGGCCACAUUUUGGGGCAGGGCCCCACCCUGCUCAUCGUCAGGGACGGCGGCGGCCACAUCUUCGGGGGGUUCGCCUCGGAGAGCUGGAAGAUCAGCCCCAACUUCCUCGGCGACAGCAGUUGCUUCCUCUUCACCGUGACGCCCUCCAUGGGGGUGUACGAGACGACGGGCUACAACGACCACUACCAGUACCUCAACAUCCAGCAGCAGACCAUGCCCAACGGACUGGGGAUGGGCGGGCAGUUCAAGUACUUCGGGCUGUGGCUGGACGCAGAGUUCGGCCACGGGCACUGCAGCGAGACGUGCACCACCUACAAGAACUGCCCCAUGCUGUCGUCGGACAAGCACUUCGCGGUGGGGCACGCGGAGGUGUGGGCCUUGGGGCCCCCGCCCAAGCCGGAGGGCGACGACGACGACGAGGAAGGGGGCAAGAAGAGCGUCCUGGACGUGGACCUGGGAGCCAAGGCCCUGCUGGAGCUGGUGGGCAGGUCGCAGCACAGCGAGGGGAUCAGGCAACUGGAGGCGGAGGAGGACUAGACCCGAGGUGCGUGCUCCCCGGCCGUCGCGUCGCAGCUGUCGGAGGGAUGUUUGUGACGGGGCACCAUCAUGCGAAAAAAUAUUCCUUUAAACGAGUUCGAUUGGAGAUGCCCAAGGACUGGAAAAAUUCGCGGCUUCACUGACCUCUAGGAUAGGCUCCACGAUCCUAUACUUGGGAAAAUUACACCUGCUCAUUGGCUACUGACUCGUGGCACCUGUUAACUGGGGAUGCUUGUGAUUCGAGACUUCCCUUUGUUGAAGGUUUUCCAUCAACCCAGAUUCCUUGAGAUAAACUGUGGCCCAAUAACUGAAGCGGCAAAAAUGCAAACGUAUUCGGAUUCUAGCCUAUCGCGAAAUGAAUCCGCGAAUUUUCCCGGUCUCUGGAGAUGAGGUACUUGCAGGCAGAAGUUGUGUGAUGAUAGAAGGAACUUUUGUGGAGCCAUAUUUUGUACUAUUAUUUGAUUAUAGUAUGUAGGCAUGUAUAGAAUCUUGUUCGGAACAAAGUUACCUUUCUUGUGUUUUAAAAAGCAGAAUAAUUGAUAACGAGUGUAAUUUUUUUUUUGUACAGCUUCAGUUAAGUUAUUGUCAGUCAUAUCAUUCCUAGUCUAGACAUAUAUGUGUGUGUGUGUGUACAUGUACAUUUACACACAUGUACAUAUGUAGAAUAGAGAGAGAGUGAUAGCUUUUCUAAGUCAAUUGCACGUAGUGCCAAAACUAUGUACGAACUGCUUAUCAUGUUUUCAGAUACAAGUUUCUCUAAAUGCCUUUGGUAAAAAGUGAUGUAUCACAUACAACGAAAUAUUUAUUCUGAAUAUCUAUCAUGUUUCUCACACAGUAUUUAUUUGCCUUUAUAACAUCUGUGUUUUAAUAUAAGAAGAUUUUUUUUAUAUUAUUGUAACAUGUUUGCUACAUUCUGUAGUCUGUGGAUGCACAACUUGUGUUUUCUAACGAAUAUUAGACAUUGCAUACAUCGUGAGUUUGUCUUAUACCAACGUUCACUGUAUUUCUGUAAUAUAAAUACGCUUUUUUGAUGAUUUAAUGAGGCUUCAUAAUCAAAAAAACAUUAAUAAUAAGCAACGUUUUUAACAUGUGAUAAGUAUUCUUUUUUCCUUUUUUUUUUUUUUUCCCACUAGUCUCGUUAAACAGUAAAUCACAAAUCGCUUGAACAAUUAAAAAUGUGCCACAUAUUUCAUUUCAAACUUGAAAACAAAAUAUUAUUUAUACACGCAACAGAAGUGUG